UCUGGUCGGGCCGUCGUCCCUGUCCCGUUAUUGAACGGGGAUCUCUUGCAUCAAUGGCCUUGAAGUAUCAGGUAUGCGACGCUGUCAGAACUGGAGCGACGCACCACCGCCAUAUGCCCUUCUAUGUCGGAGGGGGCUAGCAAUGUUGCCUGGCCUUUCGAUGUCGAUGGAUGCGCCGCUGUUAUAAAGAGUGAACUCGAGCAGCAAGUUCAGCAUCGUCAUCAGUUCUAUUUCUCAUUCUUCUCUGCUCAACGCCUUCGUUCGCCUCGUCAAAAUGUUCUCCAAGGUCUUCGGCAUCGCUACGCUUGCCCUCGCGACGUUCGCCAACGCGUCGCCUCUCGCCCGACGUGGGGUUUCCGUUGACCCUGCCAAGUGGUACACGCUCUCCUGGGAUGGCAUGCAGUACCUCGACUCCACGAAGGGCGUCCUCAUGAUCCAGCAGCACAACAACUUCGACGACCUGAACAACGGCGGGGACAAGGGCGUGCGCUUCCGCUUCCCGGACGGUCUCCCAGGCAAGAUCGUCUGCGAGGCGCACAACGACCACUUCGUCGGCCUCGCGGAGGGGCAGAAUCCCUCGAUGAACCAGUUCGACACCUACCAGAGCGAAGACCGCGCGGCCACGGCCGAGGCGGGCGACAAAGGCAUCUUCAUCCGCUUCGGCGACUCCUGGGUCGGCCGGACGAACAUCGAAGGCCUUCCUGUCUCCGAGAGCGACGCGCAGGAGUGGGAUGUGCGGGAAAUUUCGAUGGUUCCGCUGUGAUUGGGGGGCUCGAAGUUCAACUCCUUAUUAUUGAUUUGUACACUCACUCUUUGAUAUUUAUUGGGGUCCCUCUGACCCAUAGGGGCUCUGCGUCUGCAAAGCACGCACGCUACACGAUGUUGACCGCGAGUGUGCAAGGCUCUACAUUACUUGGAAUCACCCUUCAGGUACUCCUUGACUGUCGUCCAGUGAUGCCCCUCCCAAAGAUCGUUUGCCCCGCCCGCGCCAUCGCCUUCUCCAAUUACGGUAUCGAUGCUCAGCAGUCCCCGCUC